AUGAAAGAACCGGGGUCAGACACUCGCUCUUCCCGGAUGAGCAGCUAUAUGAGAAGCCCUGAGCUAGUUUUCACCAGCAUGCUAGGAGAUCAAAGCACUGAGCGAUUAGUCUGUUUGGUUGAAGGAAUUCGGCUGCAACUGAGAGACAGAGACCUGCUGAAGAAACGAAAGGCCGAGGCAGAGGAAAAGGCAACCAACCAGUGGGUUUAUGGAGCACACGGUCUCAAAAGAGUGAAAAAGAGGAGCAGCGGUACUCCGGGAAGGAAAGGUGCGGCUGUAGAUGUUCCAGAAGAUCAGGCUCAGGAAUCAGAUCCUUGCUCCGUCACACUGCCUGACUUACCCACGAUAGCAGAGCCGCUGCCUGUGGAAACACAGAGUGAAGAUCCUCUGCAAGGCUUUCUGAUCGAGGAUCUGGGGCCCGAAGAGGAGGAAGACAUGCCUCAGAAGAGCCUCGUCAUUGAUGCAGGUGCGGUGGAUGAUGCACCUGAGUCGAAGCUCGAUGCCGGCGAAUCCUCCAGCUCCAGCUCAACCACACAGUCUACCGGAGAGUUUCAUGAUCUGAGUCGCUUUUCUACUGAAGAAUGCAUUGUAACUAACUCAUUUACUAUCUCUAAGGAUUUCUAA